CCAGACCUAUCUGACCUCAAAAUCCAUCUUGCCCUCCCACCUGGCAUUUGGGUCCCUGGUCUAUGCUUCGAAACACUUAGUUCCAUGGGCUGUGAAUUCCUUUGGUUUCCUGAGUUGACUUUGUGGAUGGAAAGUGGGUCUGUCAGGAAGUUGGGAGCCCUGGUAGCAGCCCCUGCAUGUGAGCAUUGGGGUGCAGUGGGGGUGGCUUCCAGAAUGCUUGGGUCACAGAGGGCUGGGGGACACCGCCUGGUUGGCUGUUGGGAGGAUAUCUCAGUAACCCCACCUCGACUUGGCCCCUCUCUCCAGAGAGACCUGCUCGGGGGCCGGAAACACCUCCUUAUCCAGGGACAAGCACGGCCCCUCUCUCCCUGCUCACCUGCAGCUUUCUGGCUGGCAGCUCCCUGAUUCCAGGAGAAUGACUGCUUAUGAGGAAAUCCAGAGGGUACCCCCCUCUCUCUGGUUGGCACUCCUAGGACCAUAGCCAUCAUCAGAGCUGAGAAUGAAGCGGAGAGCAUCGGACAGAGGAGCUGGGGAAACGUCGGCCAGGGCCAAGGCUCUAGGAGGUGGCAUUUCCGGAAAUAAUGCAAAGAGAGCUGGACCAUUCAUCCUGGGUCCCCGUCUGGGCAACUCCCCGGUGCCAAGCAUCGUGCAGUGUUUGGCGAGGAAGGAUGGCACAGAUGACUUUUAUCAGCUGAAGAUCCUUACCCUUGAGGAGAGGGGGGACCAAGGAAUAGAAAGCCAAGAGGAGAGGCAAGGCAAGAUGCUGUUACACACCGAGUACUCUCUGCUUUCCCUCCUCCACACGCAGGAUGGCGUGGUUCACCACCACGGGCUCUUCCAGGACCGCACCUGUGAAAUCGUUGAGGACACAGAAUCCAGCCGGAUGGUUAAGAAGAUGAAGAAGCGCAUCUGCCUCGUCCUCGACUGCCUCUGUGCGCAUGACCUCAGCGACAAGACCGCCGACCUGAUCAACCUGCAGCACUACGUCAUCAAGGAGAAGAGGCUCAGCGAGCGGGAGACUGUGGUCAUCUUCUACGACGUGGUGCGCGUAGUGGAGGCCCUGCACCAGAAAAACAUUGUGCACAGAGACCUGAAGCUUGGGAACAUGGUGCUCAAUAAAAGGACUCAUCGGAUAACCAUCACCAACUUCUGCCUCGGGAAGCAUCUUGUGAGCGAGGGGGACCUGCUGAAGGACCAGCGGGGGAGCCCCGCCUACAUCAGCCCAGAUGUGCUCAGCGGCCGGCCGUACCGGGGCAAGCCAAGCGACAUGUGGGCCCUGGGCGUGGUGCUCUUCACCAUGCUUUACGGCCAGUUCCCCUUCUACGACAGCAUCCCACAGGAGCUCUUCCGCAAGAUCAAGGCCGCCGAGUACACCAUCCCUGAGGACGGGCGGGUUUCUGAGAACACCGUGUGUCUCAUCCGGAAACUGCUGGUCCUUGACCCCCAGCAGCGCCUCGCCGCGGCCGAUGUCCUGGAGGCCCUCAGUGCCAUCAUCGCAUCGUGGCAGUCCUUGUCAUCUCUGAGCGGGCCUUUGCAAGUGGUUCCUGACAUCGACGACCAGAUGAGCAAUGCAGACAGCUCCCAGGAGGCGAAGGUGACCGAGGAGUGCUCCCAGUAUGAGUUUGAGAACUACAUGCGGCAGCAGCUGCUGCUGGCCGAGGAGAAGAGCUCCGUACACGAGGCCCGGAGCUGGGUGCCCAAGCGGCAGUUCGGCAGCGUGCCCCCCGUGCGGCGGCUGGGCCACGACGCGCAGCCCAUGAACCCCUUGGACGCGGCCAUCCUGGCGCAGCGCUACCUGCGCAAGUAGCCCCCUUGGGCAGGGCGCCAGCACCACCCGCCAACCUCUUCCCGGCCCCCCCCCCCCCCCGGCCCCCCGGCAGGCGGCCCGAACUCUCUCCCAGGCCGCGGCGGGGACGGGGCAGGGACAGCGCAGGUCACACAGGGGGUCAGCAGAGGUACCACGAAGCUACCUUGGGAAUGAUUGCUUGAUUGUUUGGUUUUUUAAUCUGAGAAGCCUAGAUAACUAAUCUGCUUUUAAUCAUGACGUUUUAAUCUACCUCUGGCUCUUUAACCAUGCUGUCUCUGGACUGAGUGAGAGGGAGGAGGAGGGAGCCCGCCCACCGCCCAGCGGCCCGGCCGGGGCGGCUGUCCCCCCACAGACAAAUAAGCUGAAGGCGCAGCUCGCUGCUGGCUCCCAAAACGAACGCCCACUCCCCACCGCCCUCCCCGGCCGCCCCACCCCCAGUCUGUUUCCAUCCCUCCCCUUCUGACCCCGGGCCCCUCAGUCCAAGCUUUGGAAAACCUUCACCUCAUCUUAAGCAGAAUUCAGAUAUAUUUAUUUUUGUACUGAAACCAACUUCUCUCCCAUCUCUAGGUGGCUCCGCCCAUGGCCACUCCCCGCCCCCCCCCUACCUGGCUGGACAGCAGGGAGUCCACCGCCCACAGAUGGGCCCCCUCCUCAUCCCCCAGGCUCAGAAGCCCCUUCUUGCCGGCCCCCCCACCUCCAGCCCACCGGUCCCUCCUGUUUCUGGUGAUGGGGAGGCCUUUCUAGACUUGGUUCUCUUUCUCCCAUCUCAGUAGCUUCUCUGAGGUGCUGUACACCCUCGCGUUAACCCUGGUUUCCUCCUGCACCCCUCACCGUGGUACCGAGGUGACGUUGACAGAUGUGAAAGGGGUGCCUGGUGGGCGGGCGGGGAGGGGCGUGCCGGGCUGGCCGUGGACAGACGGGCCCUGCCCGCACGCCCUCUUGCUCCCCACACCCCUCUGUGUUCGCGGAGCGGUGGGGACAUCUCCCCUCCUGUUCUUCCCCCAUAACGGAUGGGGUGUCUCUCCCAGCAGACCCCGGCCAGGCCCCUUCAUGUGGGCCGUGGGGCUUGUGGGGAGAGCUGCAGGGCCUGGGGGGUCUGCCUGGCUCGAGAACAGGCCUGUCGCCCUUUUUGAGCCGAGAUUUUGAAGUGGAUGCCCGUCUUGCCAGAACACUGUUCUCACCAGAAUGCCCUUCCCUCCCGCUCUCCCUCACUGGACUUGGCCUUGCCCAGGGCCAAGCAAAGACCCCUCCUCUGGCCUACCCCCUCCAGGCACCCCCGGGAAGGCUGAGUGUGCACUUCCAGGCAGCCCUGGGCCCCUCAGGUCCUUCCUGUCUGUUCUCGUUCCCCAAUGGGGAGGUGACCGCGGCCUGUGUGACCUUGUUUCCCAGAGUGUGAGCCGCCCCCCCCCCCCAAAAGCUGACUCACUGUGAGUGACUUGGGCAAGUUCCCAAACCUCCUUGUGCCUCAGUUUCCCCAUCUGGAAAAAAUGGGGCCACCUCUUGCCAGCAGUAGCAGGGCCGCCCAUGCCCCUUCCUCCCCAUGCCCCCAUCCCAGCACUUGGGCGCCUCAUGCCUCUGCCUCAGUGGGUCUGUGGGAGCCCGCCUGAGCCCAGCACUUACUCCCCCUGAGCACGAAGCCCUGCCUCUAUCGGCUGGCCAGCGGCUGAGAGCCAGGGCGUUGUGCUGCAGGGGCAGGGGAUGUCCUCUUUUCUAUAUUUAUUUCAAAAAGUCUCCCAAGGGAGCAGAAAUGCAGUCUGGCCUAGGGCUCCCAGCCCCUGGGACUGUCCUCCUGUGAGGGUCUCAGCCGGGCCCCUGCCCAGACCCUCCGGGCCUUCUGGCCACGUGUCGGCUCUCCCCUCCUCUUCAAAGCAAUACCCUCCGGGUCUGCAGGGCCUUAUCAGACCGGCCGGGCCUCCGGGUCAGCCCACGUGUCUGAUUGGGUUUGUGUCAAAGCAAACGGGAGGAGGCUGGGCCGGCCCUCACUGGGCAUCACACAAGGGGAGGUCCUGUCGUAAAGACAGAAAACAAAACAGAAAAAGUCACAAAAAAGUUUGUAUAAAGACAUAUUUUUGUACUACACGGGGACUCUUCCUGCAUGUCAGCAAUAAAACUUCCUGACCUGGA